AUGUAUACUGGUGACCUUGGUUGGCCAGAGAAUUUGUGCAGUUUUGGAGUUAUGAAGUGCUUUAGUAGUGACGGUGAGUUCGAAGAACAUGACGGACAGGAAAUAAAUACAGAGUAUCUUGAGAAAUUCACAAAAAUGGUCCAAAAUGCGUCAAUAUUGGCAAACAGGUUGUCAUCAAAAGAACUUCUGUCAGCAUUCCAAAUUUCAUUUCAUCUAAUGGAAAAAAUCAGUUAUGUAAUACUUAGCAUGUGCAAAUCUUCCAAAGAAGAAAUCGAUGAACUCAAAAGCUUUCGGACGGCUUGGAAGUAUCCAUCUUACCCACGUUGCAUGAUAAAAAACGAUUCCCCCAUGGGCGUUUGCUCUAUGAAAACUCAAUCUUUAAAUGAAAAUGGUGAUUGUGAAGUAAUCGAUCAACAAGAAUCACAACUUAAAGUGCUCAUCGAAGAAGAAGAAGAGGAAGAAAGCGAUGAAAAUCUAUGUGAUUCUGGCAUUGCUUCAAAUCGUGAUGUAAAUUUCAUUACUGAAUCUACUAUUUCUAAUUCUUCUUGUCAAAAACUUAGUCCAGUAAAUGAAAAUCAUAGCCCAAACAAUUAUUCAAGUAAAUGUCUUUCUUCUCCAUUCACAAAUGAAUCCAGUGUAAUUGAUAUAGAUGAAAAUUGUUCUAUGAUUGCUGAUAAAUGCGCCAAUGUAGAAGUACUAGUAGUAGUACCUGGGACAACAACAUCUGAAAUGUUCGAUAAUGACAGUAAACAAAUUAAUAUGACAGAAAAUAUUUCUAAAAUUCAGUUAAAAAAUCGAAUUUCAACCAUUCGAAAAACUAAUUCAACUAACAACGAUAAAAAAUUUGAAAAUGGAUCUAUAUCUUCGGAUAUUUUAGAUCAGCCUAAUAACAAUUCUACAGAACUAUAUGAAAGUCAAACAACAAUACUGACAAAUAAAUUUCAAGUCGAUGCAAAACGAUGGCGUUUAACUAGUGCUGAUAAAUUAAAUACUCUAAUUGAUGAAUGUGAACGUCAAAUUAAUGGUAGAAAAUUAUAUGUUUGUAAAUUUUGUGGAAAAAUCUAUGAAAUUAAAAGUAGUAUGCGUUAUCACAUGAAAAUUAUUCAUUUACAAAUGCAUCUACGUACUACGGAAAUGCAAUGUCGCAUAUGCGGUAAACAAUUCACAUGUGUUAGUGCUGUAAAUCGUCAUCAAUCCAAGUGUAUUUUAUCAACAAUUAGUGAUUCAAGAUUUAAAAAUAAUACCAUCUCAUCUAAUCAGUCAUUAUUUACUAGUCCAAUAAUGACCACUAUAACAACAACAUCGUCUUCUACAGAUAGUGAUAUGCAUCCUCGUUUAUCUGUAAAUUCAUUUACUUCACAAACGUCGGAUAGUUAUAAUAAUAGUUUAAAUCACAACACAUCACUUACUGAUUCAGAUCUAAUGAUGGAGUCAUUGAGCUCAGCUUCAAAAAACUUUACCAAUCUUGUUCACUUUCCAAGUGCAUUUCGUAUACCAGAUAUAUGUUGUACAACAACACAAUUUAUGAAUCAGUCAAUACCUAAAAUCUACCAAAAUUCACAAAUAAGAAGUUUAAAUUCACGGAAUUUUAUUCCAUCAUCUGAUUUAGUUAAUUUACCAAAUAUAUCUAAUUCUGAUAGUUUACCUUUCCAACCAUUUAAUAGUAGUAAUGAUACACGAUCACUUUUAAAUUCAGUAAAUAAUCAUUCUAUGAAUUGCUCUUAUUCUUCAUCACAAUGGAAUUCAUCAACUUGGUCUACGAUGUCUAAUUUAGGAUGUAAUUUUACUGCAUUGACUCCUGCACAAAUUGAUAUUUGCAUGAAAGCAGUUGUUCAAGGUAUUUGUUCAACUGUAGGACAAUGUACCACUACUACUAAUAAUAAUGACAAUGAUACUAAUCGUAGUAGUAAUAAUAAUAACGUGAGUAGUUAUAGAACUAAUCAAGAAUCUAAUGAAUAUAAUCAUGUGCCAACUGAUUCAUAUCAAAUAAUGGAUGAAACACAAUGGAAGUUACCAAAUAAAAAUUUAUCAGAUUUUUCUGAAACAACAGAAAGAACUUUAAGUUCUUCACAUGCCAAUGAUAUGGUAGCUAUAGAUUUAUCUUCACGUCCUCAGUCGGCUUCAUUGAUUAUUGAAUCAUUUUAAGUAAAUGGACUAGACUAGAAUAUAUAGAAAAUAAGUUGACUUCCGUGAUCAGAAUUAUUGUGUUAUUUAUCUAUAAAAUGCACAUCAACAUAACAGACAAUCUGUUAAUUUCUUCAAAAUUAACAUUGAAAUAGGUUUUAAAUAAUUAUGAUAAAAUUAUUAAUAAUUAAAAAGUAAAAAGCAUUUAUUAUUUGCUCUGUGGAAUAAUAUCUCACCAAGUGACCUCCUGAUCAUAUACACCUACGUACAUGCAUAACAUCCAUUUCGUUUUUUAUGUUAUCAAGUGCCUUAAUCUUUCUUCCACUCUUUCUGUUUACGUUGCUAUUCGCAUAAUAAAGUGCCUUUAGCUUGAAAUUAAUCCUUAACCUUUUUCACAGAUAGAGAUACCUAUAAACUUUCUCAUACGAUAAUUAUAGUUACUGAAAAUGUUUUUAUUUCCUACCAAUAAACAAGUAUAUGCCUAUUUAUUAUUAUUACUAAUAUUUUGUUCUAUUUAUUUCAUUUACUCGUUCAACAGUUUAUCGAUUCCCAUGUCUUCAUCGUCAUUACGUUUGUCCUCGUCUACCCUUAAACCUCUUCUCCUAAUCCAAACAACUAUUGGUCACUGAACGACAGCAAUACUGGUCUCUAGUCGUUCCGCUUCAUUUUGUUUGAUUUCCAAGUUUAUAUAUAUAUAUAUAUAUAU